GUCUUUCACACUCAACCGCUGCUCAAGUACUGCUAGAUAUUUACAGCUGCGAAGGGGGAACCUAAACCUGUUCUGUUUCUCCUGACGCUCACCGUUCUUGUCAAAUAACUCUUCCAAACGUAAAGUCUGGGUGUUGGAAGUCAGGGCUGAAACAGCACAAGAAAGGAGGUGAGUGGGGGCCGCAAUCUCUAGGCUGCCAUUUGUUAUCCGGAUUAACUGUUACUAGACGUGUGCACAAAGUGAGCCAUUUCCAUCUCCCAGCAUGGAAGCAGUAACCUUGCACGACUUCUUGACAUCAGCCAAAGAUGAGCUCAGCUUUAAGAAGGGGGAAAUUCUCAAGGUGCUGAAUAUGGAAGAUGACCCGAAUUGGUAUAAAGCUGAACUGCGGGGAACAGAAGGAUUUGUUCCCAAAAAUUACAUUAAAAUGAAACCACACAACUGGUACACUGGGAGAAUAUCCAGAACUGCGGCAGAGGAAAUGUUGCAGCUUCAGAGUUACCCUGGGGCAUACUUGCUGCGGGAAAGUGAGAGUUCACCAGGGGAAUUCUCCAUAUCAGUAAACUAUGGAAUCCAUGUCCAGCAUUUCAAAGUCCUCCGUGACAAAGAGGGGAAAUAUUUCUUGUGGGAGGAGAAGUUUAAUUCCCUGAACGAGCUGGUGGACUUCUACCGGACCACGACAAUUGCAAAGAGGCAGCAGAUCCUCCUGAGAGACAUCAAUGAGGAAGAAAAGGAGAAGCCGAGACACGUCCAAGCGUGCUUUGAUUUCUCACCCCAGGACCCGGAUGAGCUCAUUUUUAACCGAGGAGACAUCAUUGAAGUUUUGAAAAGUGACGAUGCUAACUGGUGGAAAGGGAGGUGCCGGGGGCGGACCGGUUUAUUUCCACGGAACUUCGUCCAGCCCAUGUCUCAGUGACCCCCCGGCAGCCAAGAUACAACAUACGACAGCAGUAAUAAAACAGCAAGGAGCUGGUUUUACAACCAUGCCUCCUUGUGAAACCAGACUCGACAAUUCUCUUGGUUAAGCACAGAAACACACGAGUAGUGGUGCUGGAUGUUUUUUUUUAAAUCUGGCUAUACAGGUUAAUUUUGUGCAUAACUUUAUUUGCUUUGCACUUGGAUCGUUAUGAAGCUUUCUUAAUGUGGGAACUAAACAUAUCCUGAGAUAUUUGGAAAUUGAUCCAUUUACACUGGCUGACCCUUUAAGCGUGGGCAGUCAGAGUUUUAUAUUUUGUAUUCUGUCAUGGGAAUUCAUAGCGGUUUUGUAUCAUUUUUCUCAAUACUGUCUGGGAACAGUGAAGUCCAUUUCUACUGUCACGUUGAAAACCAUUUUGAAUACAUGUUUCAAGCUGUGUGUCCAUUGAGAAUAGAAAUUUUAAUUUUGAAUGAAAUCAAUAAAAUGCACAAAAUUCCAUA